AUGUGGUCAUACAUGUUUGGCGGUAAAGCCACCAAAAAGGAGCAACAAGAGGCUCCCAAAAAAGCUAUAUUGGAAACCAGAGAACAAAUCCAAUUGUUAACCAAAAAGCAAGCUCAUUUACAAACUAAGAUCGAAACAAAUAGACAGCAAGCCAAAUUAUACCUCACCAAAACAAAUGGUUCCUCAGCAAGUAACCGUGAAUUAGCCAAGAACUCGUUGAAAAGAGUUAAAAUUCUAGAAAAUCAAUUAUCAAAAAUCAAUGGACAAAUAGAUACUUUAGAACAGCAACUAUUUAGUAUAGAAAGUGCUAAUUUGAACUUGGAAACUAUGAGGACAAUGAAGAACAGUGCUAAAGCUAUGAAGAUAAUGCAUGAGGGUUUGGAUAUUGAUAAAGUUGAUGAAACUAUGGAUGAUAUUAGAGAACAAGUUGAAUUAAGCGAGGAGAUUAGCGAUGCGAUUAGUAGACCUUUGUAUAGUUCAGUUAAUAAUAUGGUAGAUGAAGAUGAACUAGAUAAUGAAUUAGACGAGCUAAUGAACGAAGAAGCUAGCCAAAAUGUUGUGGGAGAAAAUGUUGUAGGGAAUGCUAACGGUGUUACAAAUAUUAGUGACAAAAUGGAAUUACCUGAUGUGCCCGUCAGUAAAUUACCAGAAAGUAAAAAUACUAAAGAGAGUAUAACUAGUUAUGCGAAUGGUAAUACUAGCGAAAAUGAAGAAGAAGAUGAAGAUGAACGUGCCUUAAGGGAGUUACAAGCAGAAAUGGGGUUGUAA